CUGUCACAGUCACAACUAAAAAAAUCCUUAUCCAUUAAUACAAAUCCGCCACUUUGAGUUCGUAACAGCUUGAGAGGUCAAAGGUUUGCGUUCCUUCGUUCUCCGUUCUCGGGCAGAGCCAUUAGCCAUGGCCCUCCUCUCCCAGAUCUCCCUAACUCUUCUUCUCCUCGUCGUCAAGCCCACCGCCAUCUCCGGCGACGUUUCCUUCGCCUUCAACGGAUUCGAAAACGGCGGCGCCUUGACCUUCAGCGAGUACGCCGACGUCACCGGCGGCGGCCUCCUCCGGCUGACCAACAACACUGCCCAAGUGACCGGACACGCUUUCUACCCCUCCAAACUUCGACUCAAGAACGCUUCUUUUUCCGGCGACGUCUUCUCCUUCUCCACUACCUUCGUGUUCGCCAUCACGCCGCUGAUCACUAACGUGAGCGGCCAUGGCCUCUCCUUCCUCCUCGCCCCCUCGACGGACUUCGCCAAGGCCUUGUCCAGCCAGCACCUGGGCCUCUUCCCCGAUGACGGGGACUCCACCGACCACAUCGUCGCCGUCGAGCUCGACACCGUCAAGAACUCGGAGUUCGGCGACAUCAACGACAAUCACAUCGGCGUCGACGUCAACAGCUUGAGAUCUGUCGACUCGACGCCGGCGGGAUUCACCAAGGAUGGGAUUUUCCGCAGCCUGCAACUGAUCAGCGGCGAUCCGAUGCAGAUUUGGGUGGAUUUCGACGGGGAACGCUCGCAGAUCGACAUCGCGAUUGCCCCUUUACACGAAGCAAAGCCCCGGCGAUCUCUCUUGUCCUCUUCGAAGAUCAAUCUCUCGGCGAUAAUCCUAGACGAGAUGUACGUGGGCUUCGCCUCGUCCACCGGUGCCGCCACGGGAUGCCAUUACAUUCUAGGGUGGAGCUUUGCCCUAAAUCGAGACGCUCCCCCGCUCGAUCUCUCUGCUCUCCCCCAACUUCCUCAUCUAGGGCACAAUAACACGACUCUCUUGGCGAUUUCUCUGCCCUUGGCCGGAGCCAUCCUCUUGCUGCUCGCCGCCGCCGCCGUUUACUUCGCCCUCGAGAGGAGGAAGAAGUUCGCGGAGGUGCUCGAGGACUGGGAGCUCGAGUACGGGCCUCAUCGCUUCUCCUACAGAGACCUCUACCGGGCCACCGAGGGCUUCGGCGAGAAGAACCUCCUCGGGAUCGGCGGCUUCGGCCGCGUCUACAAGGGCGUGCUACCGAAAUCGAAGCUCGAGAUCGCCGUCAAGAAGGUCUCCCACGAAUCGAGGCAGGGAAUGCGGGAGUUCGUGGCGGAGAUCGUGAGCAUGGGGCGGCUGCGGCACAGGAACCUGGUGCACCUGCUCGGCUACUGCCGGCGGCAGGGCGAGCUCAUCUUGGUCUACGACUUCAUGGCCAACGGCAGUCUCGACAAGUUCCUCUUCGGCAAGGACCGGCCUCCGUUGAACUGGUCCCGGCGGCUUCACAUUAUCAAGGGCGUCGCCGCCGGGCUCCUCUACCUCCACCAAGGCUGGGAGCAGGUGGUGAUCCACCGAGACAUCAAAGCAGGCAACGUCCUCCUCGACGGCGAAUUCAAUCCGAAGCUGGGAGAUUUCGGAUUGGCGAGGCUCUGCGACCACGGUGGCAACCCCCAAACCACCCACAUCAUGGGCACGCUCGGCUACCUCGCCCCGGAGCUCAGCAAGACCGGCAAGGCCACCACCCUCACCGACGUGUACGCCUUCGGGGCCUUCCUGCUCGAAGUAGCCUGCGGGCAGCGGCCGAUGGAGCUGCACGCUCCCGGCGAAGUGCCCGGCCUGGUGGACCGCGUGCUCGGGUGCUGGAAGAUGAACUCGAUCCUGGAGGCCUGCGAUCUGAGGCUGGGGGGUGAGUUCGUGGCGAGGGAGGUGGAGCUGGUGCUCAAGCUCGGGCUCCUCUGCUCGCACCCCGACCCCUCGUGCAGGCCGAGCAUGAGGCAGGCGGUGCAGAUCCUGGAGGGCGAGGCUCCGUUUCCGGCCAUGUCCGCUGACGGCCUCAUAGAAAGCAAUCUUGCUGCGAGCUCCUACGACUUGUCGUUCGAUGAUUUCGUCGGUUCUUCUUCUUCGGCUGCGACGAACGCGAUGCUCUCGUCGCCUUUCUUUUCCGGGGCCAGAUGAUUGCCUGAUUCUGUUGAAUGUAUUCCACUAGUCUUUUGUAAAUUUUUUUUUAAAAUCUAGGUAUUUCAACCUUUUCGGUAAAUAAGUUUUCAAAAUAUUUAAUUAGAUAGCAUACCUACUUUUUAGC